AUGGCGAAGUUUGUCCUCGCCGGAAAAGCAGACUGUCCCAACUACGCCAGGGCGGAACUUUUAGCAGACGAACUGCAGCGCUCGCUGCCAGAUUUCCGGGUCCACAAGAUCCGCAUCCUGCCAGAGGAAUGGAAGGGAUGGCUGGAGUCCACGUGCGAAAGAAACGGCUGGAAGCACGACGACUCCCCGCUGGUUUGGAGAGAACUGGUGUAUCGAGGGGGUAAAGGGAUGCUCUUGGGGGGUCUUGGUGACUUCUUGAAGCAUUGCCAGGACUACUACGGCGUCACGUCAGACAUGCCGGCAGAGUUGGCGCAGCGGAUCGCGGCAGAGAACCUCGCAGAACAGAUGGGCCUUAGUGCCGACGAACAGCUUCCUCUCAGUCUAUUCCAACGCCUCCAUGUGUGGAUCACGGGCGCGCUCAGCCCAACGGGCCACAUCUUGAUCCCCCACCUGUUGUCUGCCGAGGCGUUUCCCAAAGUUCCUGCAGUCGUCCUCCACUUACUGGACCUUGAAGGGGACGAGGAGGAAAUGCAGGCGCUGCGGAUGGACGUUGAAGACCUGGCGCUCGGCGUGCUCCAUCAGGUGACGGUUCACACAGAUCUGGAGCGGGCCUUCCAGGAAGCCGAUGUCGUCCUCUUGCUGGACGACUUCAGCUCGCAGACGGAGAGCGACGAGGAGGAGGAGGAGGUGUCGGGGCGCUACGGGACGUACGGGCAGCUCAUCGACGAACGAGCCGGCAAACGGGUGAAGGUGAUCGUGUCCGGCGAGUCGUCCAACUUGAGGUGCUCGCUUCUUGCGGGAAACGCACGCUCCAUCGACGGCAGUCGGUUCGUUGCCACGGCAACGCAGCUGGAAGACGAAGCCAGAGCGAUAAUUGCGAAGGAGAUGGGAGUGAGGCCAUCAGAUGUCAAAGAUGUGUUCGUGUGGGGGAACAUCCGUGGAGUUUUCUUCAUCGACGUGCAGAGGGCGAAGGUUUUCAACCACCGCGGCGCCGUCACAGGACCUCCUUUCUUUUCCCAGUCACUUCUGGAGCUUUCACCUGGCAGGAAGUGGUCAGAAGCGGACUUCCUGCAGCAGCUGCGCGGUCACCGUUUAGCCGUGGCUUCAAAGACCGGCCGACCUGCCGCCAUGUCUGCCGCCAACGGGAUCCUCAGAGUCCUGAAGGCUUGGUGCGGCGCUUCUGGUCCAGAUGACAUCCUGUCCGCUGGCGUGUGUUUGGGCUCCCAGCUGGAACCGUCCUCUCAGUUCCGGUAA